CGACUUUCAGCUGUCCACUCACAGUGCUACCAAGUGCCACUUUUGAUGCGUCGCGGCAUCCACUCCUUGGCCCCCCGGUCUGAGUCCCCCCCUUGUUCGAACUUCCAGGAGGUAGGUCGAGGUCCAGGUCCAGGUCCAUCUCGCCCCGUUUCUUUCAAUUCAUCCCAAUUAUAUCGUGAACUUGGACAUCAACAAAUCCAUCCAUGGAAACCACGACGGCGAUAUAAUACUAACAAAGCGUUACACCGACUCCGUGUAAUUGCGCGCCGCGACACUGGAACCCGAAAGAGAACCUCGAACUCACCCCCUCUCAAUACAACACCGGCGGGAGCCUAUCCCAUCCCAUCCCGCCCCCAAUAACUCACCGUCACCGUCGCAACAACCAUGGAAUUCGUCACCGCCCUCCGCGGCACCUUCGACGACGGCAAGCCCUCCCUCUUCGAGCUUCUCUCGGAACAACAACUCGCCUCCCUCCUCCCGCCCACCCUCCGCUACCUCCUCACCGUGCUCACCCACCGCUACCCCCGCCACCUGCUCCGCAUCCUCAACUCCUUUGACGAGCUGUACGCCCUCGCCGGCCUGCUCGUCGAGCGCCACUACCUCAAAACCCGCGGCGGCAGCUUCACCGAGCACUUUUACGGCCUCAAGCGCGAAAAGGCGCUGGCCGCCGAGAUCCCGCGCGCGGCUUCUUCGGCGCCAAACCUCGUCCGCGACGCCCUCAAACUCUCCGAUGUCGACAUCUGGAAGAACCUGGCCGUCAUGGUCGGGAUCCCUUACCUGAAACGCAAGCUGGACGAGGCCUACGAGAUCGAUGCGCCGCGCGCCAUGUUGGGCGGGCAGUACACAAGGCCGCCUGCGAAAGGGGCACCGAUGAAGGAGCGGUUUUUGUACUACUACCGCUGGUUUCUAAGAAAAGUGUACCCGAGCUUGAACGCGGCGUAUUACUUUGCCAUUUUGGCGUUUAACUUGGGAUAUCUGUUUGACAACACAAAGUACCAUAACCCGUUUUUGUGGCUGAUCGGGACGCGCGUGCGACGGAUGAACGGGGCGGAUUAUCAGGCGAUUGAGGCUUUGGAGAAGGCAGCGGGGGCCGCCGCCUCCUCCAGAUUAUCAGGGGGAGGGUCGAUGUUCAGUCCGAGGAAUAUGAGUCGACGGCUGAUGGGGGGUCUGUCGCUGGUGCUGCCGACGAGUAUUUUUGCGCUCAAGUUCCUUGAGUGGUGGUACGCUUCGGAUUUCGCCAAGCAGCUGAGUCGCAAGGCGGCGGAAAGUCUGGAUCUGCCGCCGCCGACGGUGACGGGGCUGGUGGAGGCGCAGGCGAGGAAUAAGCCUAAACCCAAGAUCACGAGGACGUCGGAGGAUGGGGUGGAGGAGAAGGCGGAUGAGGAUGAUGAGGCAGAGGAGGAGGCCAGCAGCAAGGAACCAACGCCCGAGACGGCGCCCAUAGCGGCUUCGACGCUGUUGCCCAUCUUCACGGUGCCACCGCCCAAGAGAUCUGAUAUGUGCCCUAUUUGCGAGGACGAGAUCCAGACGCCGGCGGCGUGUCAGACGGGUGUGGUCUACUGCUUUUCGUGCAUACACAAGUGGAUGAGCGGGACCCAUGUCAGGCAGGAGAAGUUCAUGACCAAGGAGCGCGAGGGCAAGUGGGAGAGCGGAGAGGGGAGAUGUGCCGUCACAGGAAGGAAAGUGUUGGGAGGGACCGAGGGGCUGAGGCGGAUCAUGGUUUAGCCAGAAGGAAGAUAUUGGGGAUAAUGAGCAGUACCAUCGGAUUGGCAUGAGUUUCAAAAGCGAACAUUAGACAUAUUUAAUGGCAUAUAAUCCUGCAGGUUGCAUAACCAACAUACCGACGAGCAUGUGAAAUUGCACCAUGCUUGCUGGUCAGACAUUCAGAUUCCUCUAUCAUACUAUGUAUGUAUGGCGC